AUGGCGCUCCAAUCCCCCACGCCCCAGCAGCUCACGGUCGAAUCGUGGAUAUUCUACUCCAUUGGGAUACUGCUCAUUGCCGGCCGAAUAUAUUCCCGCCGACUCGUGCUUGGGGCCUUCCGUGAGUUGCAGCCAGAGGACUGGUUGAUGGUUUUCAAUGGUUUCAUGUAUACGAUCCUCAUGAUUGGUAUCAAUAUCUCUGGCCGCACCGCCACCAACUUGCUUCUCCCGGGAGAGCUCGAAACCCUGACACCGGAUGACAUCGAGCUGCGAAUAUACGGAAGCAAGAUUGUGAUUCUGCUCGAGCAAGCGAUGUUGAUUGUGACUUGGGGGAUCAAGGGGUGUAUGAUACUGAUGUAUCAUCGACUUACGAGCAGGCUCAAUAUGCAGAUUGUGAUCAAGGCGAUCGCAGCGUAUAUUGUGAUAGGAUUCGUGGCUGUCGAGCUCGCGUGGUUUUUGAGUUGUAGGCCUUUUAAGGGGUACUGGAUGUUGCCGGUGCCGAUGGAGCAAUGCGCAACAUACCAACACUACUCAAUCACGCAAGCAACCUUCAACAUCACCUCCGAUCUUAUGAUGCUCGCCGUCGGCAUUCCCCUUCUCUUGAAGGCCAAAGUCGAACUCAAAAAGAAGAUAAUCCUCGUCGGCAUCUUCUCCUGCGGUGUCUUUGUCGUAAGUCCUCCCGACCUCGGCCCCCACCCCCCCUUCCGGCCCGCACGGUAUCCUGACGGUAGAUCACUACAGAUCCUUGCAGCAUGUCUAAAUAAAUAUUACAACUUCUCGAAUCCCUUCACGACAAUCUACAUGCUGUGGUACAUUCGUGAGUCGUCAACUGCGAUCUACGUAUCCAACCUACCGAUGCUUUGGCCGCUCUUCCGGCGCCUCUUCAAUCUCGGCAAAUUUGCGGACCGUAGUAGCGGCCAGAAGUACGCCCACUCGGACGGCGAGCCGCUGAGUAUGUUGUCGAGAAAGAAGCCUGGUAAUACGAGGGAUACCACGAGCUUUGCGGGGAGCGAGGAGAGGAUCAAUAAAGGUGUUGAAGAGGGCGUGUUGGAGAUUGAGCAGAGGUUCUCUUUCUCGAUUGAGAAGGGAGAGGUGGAUGUGGAGCUUGGCAGGGGGGGAGGGCCGAGUAGGAUGGGCGGAGGCCAUAAGGGGAGUCAUACGACAACUAUUUCGGCGACCAGAUAG